CAAUCGAACAUCGAAUAGACAAUUUUAGAAAAGAAAAUAAGCAGUGAUUGAGGGAGAGCAAUGGCUGAUAAAAUCACUGAAAAUGUUGCCAUGUGUUCUGUGUGUCAAGAGAGGUUCCAUCCUCUCCAAACACUAGAUUGUCAGCACUCAUUUUGCGUGAAAUGCAUUGGAGACUGUGUGAAUUCUAAGGAAGGUUUAUUGACGUGUCUGACGUGCCGCAAAUUUGAGGUAGGUCUACCAGGUAAAGCACUUCGUGGGUCAACUAACAACAUGAACGAGAAAUGCAGCACUAAUGAAGAGGAAGUUAAUUACUGCCUUUUGUGUAACGAAAAUGUGACUGCACGCUGCAUGGACUGUUCAAAAUUCUUUUGUACAGAAUGUGUUGAAAACCAUCAGAAAAUACCUUCUUGUCAAAGUCAUACUGUGAUGACCUUAGAGCAGUAUCAGUCAAUGAAUGCGGAGGAACGCGCUGCAGCUAAACCGCUUAUGUGCCCAGAACAUUCUGAUGUUACUGUCAAGUUUUACUGCGUUGAUUGUUCCUUGCCUGUAUGUAUGGAUUGCACUGUCGUCAGUCACAAACAACAUGAUAUUAAGGACCAGAAAACAGUAAUUGAAAAUUUAAAAAAAGAAGCUAACACAGUUCUGAGUUACUGUUUAGCUAAAGAGAUGGAAAUGAAGAAGGGAUUUGAUCAGCAUCUUCAGGAUACAGAAGCUCAAAAUCAGUCUGUGGCCAUAUGCAAAGAAGAUAUUGAACGCUUCGCUGAAGAGCUUCAUCAGUUGAUUGAUGAUUCUAAACAGCAGGUAUUGGAUAAGUUGGCCAAACAAUCUAAGUCCGCUCUGCAAAAUAGUGAGGCUGCAAAAAAUGAGAAAGAGGAGAAAUUGAGCCAACUGCAUGAAGUUUUACAGCAUGUUAAGAGAUUAGUUCAAGCCCCUUGCUCUAUUGCAGAUAUGACUGAUGCCAGUGAAAUUCUAAAAAAGGCUAAACAAAUGAGUGGUCAGCGAGUAUGUGCAGUGGCCAAAGGAAAAUCUCAAACGCAGUCUUUCGAAACAACUGCUAAAAGAGGUGCAGAUGGUAGCAAUUCGGCUAUUCCGUUUUGUUUUGAAGAGAGAAAACCCCUUAAAAUGUUUCUUUCAUCAAAACCUAUAGGAACAAUUGAAUUUAAACAAAACAAGCAACCAUGUACGAGCACAUCAAAACAAUUUAGGGAACGUAUUUCGUGUCCGUCCCCGUUGUAACUAUUCCAGUAGUCUUUCUCAACGCUUGGCAUAAAAUAAACCUUCUGGGUGAUGGUAUUAGGCCUCAAAUGCAAGUCACAGUUAUAGAACACAAUGAAUGAUCCAGUGGGGGGUGUGGGAAAGCGUCAUUAUAGUUAUGUGCCUUAAAAUAUGACACUACCUCGUAAGAAAAUCAGUUUCGGUGUAUUUCUGCUAUAGAGUGAUCAGUGACAUAAACUAAACGAAAAGGUUCCCCAGUGUUCCGUACCGUAUGUCACGAGAGGUUGACUCCCAAGUUAACGGCUGUCAGCAUUCAUUUGCUUUAAGUGCAUUACAUACUGGAUGAAUUUGACCAGAUAAAGAAACUGCCAUGGCUUGGGAGAAUAAAAUAAAUCUGCUGGGUUAUAGUCAAAUUUCUUCAUCAGGCAGUCACCUCGGAGGUAGUGGUGCGCACACAGAAGUGCAUUGUCUCGUCUGCACUUUAAAGAACCCAGUACAUCCUUCGAGAAGAGUAGGGGAUUACCUUGGUGUACUGGUUCAUUCGGUCCCCUGUCGUUUAAUUGAUAUGCACGUAGGAUAGUGAUUAUGUUCACUGAUUGGCAUAUCCUUGGCGCUCGUGCCUAAGGAAAUGAAAUGAAAUGAAUGAAAUUACACUGCUGUUUUGUUCAGACACGAUUCCAUAUGCCAGAGAACUGUUCAUUUGGGACGCUAUAAAGAUUUUUUUUUUUGUGGACCCUGAUAUUCUACUACCACAAAGAAUGUUCGUCAGACGAAACACCUCAAAGGUUCUGUAUUUUGUAUGCCAAAGAUAAAGGGAAUUGCGUUAGUGAAUGUUUACUUUUCUUUAAUUUCCAGGUUCAUUCAUAUUCAUAUUCAUUCAUGUUUUAUUCAUAUUGUUCUUGCAGCGCAAGCACUGAAUUGACACAAUAUUGACAAUAAACAAAUAGGCAUAUAAAGAGCAGAAAAACAUACAUAAACUGUAAAGAGAAAAUACAAAGUCUAACUGUGAAUUAGAUCUAAACUAAACAGUAACAGUAAAAUUUAAAUUUAUAACAUUUGAUCGCAAAAAACAAUAAAAUUGAGAUACACAGGGAUGUUGAAAUUGAAAGAUUUUAUCAAUAUAAUAGAGGUGUAAAAUUUAGAAAAUAUUGCACAAGCGACGGGGUAUGGAUUAUUAAUUAUUGUAUGAAGAUACUUUAAAAUGGAGGCGAAAUGUGUUAAAGUUGUAAUUAGUUUGUCUAUAUGGGGUAGAAAUUUCGAAAAGAAAAAUUGUUGGCUUUAUCAGGGAGAAGUCAUGUACUGCUCCCUGAUUUGAUUAGAUAAAAAAGAUUAAGUGUAAUUUUAAUCUACAACAUAACAUUAUUAUUGAACCAUAGGAA